GCUGUUCAUCGGCAUGGAUAUAAGCUGAGACCUCUGAUCUCCAUCUGCUGCAGACUAACAAGUAGAAGAAAGGGAAACACCAGCCUUCUUCUACCCUCGGAACCAUGGCACUGAAGCCCGUGGCGUCCCUUCUUCUCUUCCUCAACUUCUGCAUGUACGUCGUUGUCACUGCCAUCGGAGGAUGGGCCAUCAACGUCGCCAUAAAUCGCGGCUUCAUCAUAGGUCCUGAACUCGCCCUCCCAGCUCACUUCGCCCCGGUAUACUUUCCCAUCGGCAACUUCGCCACUGGCUUCUUCGUCGUGUUCGCUUUGAUCGCUGGCACGGUCGGCGCCGCAUCUGCCAUCGCCGGAUUCAACCACAUCCGAUUCUGGAACUACGACAGCAUGCAGCCUGCGGCGUCUUCUGCUGUCACUGCAUGGCUUCUCACGCUUCUUGCGAUGGGUUUGGCCUGCAAGGAGAUCGUUCUGGAGGGAAGAAAUGCACGCCUGAGAACCAUGGAGGCUUUCCUGAUCAUUCUAUCAGUGACACAGUUGGUGUACAUUCUUGUGAUUCAUGGGGGUUCAUCUACACGUCAAGCAAGUGCAAGGAGUUGAUAUGAUCCAUUUCUAUCCCUUGAUGUAUCUAUUUGUGUGUUUCCCAUCAAGAAGAAGAAGAAGAAGAAGAAGAAGAAGAAGAAGAAGAAUAAGAAGAAGCUGGCUUGCUAUUGUGGGAUCUUUGUUGUGUAAUUGUAGAUUUGCUGGGCGUGCACACAUUUGACUGUUGUCGUUAAUCUGAUCUUAUUUCAAAAGAAGGGUGUUUUGAUUUCGGUA